AUGUCUACUAGCAGAUGGGCAAUGGCAUACAUUUGGCCAAGAAGUCUUGUUCAGAACAAGGUCUUUGUCUUUGUUCACUGGAUGGUCACAUCUAUUAGUCAAGGAACCAACAGCCCCAAAGUUCUCGACUUCAAGAUUUGGGCUAGAACUCAGCGGCAGGAGAAAUUCAACGAGAGAUUGAAACGUUUUGACACUAUUGGAACUCGUGUUUGUUAUACUAUGGACAAGCAUGAAGUCGUUUGCACUGACUUUCUUGUUUUGAUUCAAUACGAUAUUGAGGAUGGCCGUCCUUUGAAUAGAGUCAUCUACUAUACAUGUGGACCCCACCAGAAUGCUCGCAGAUUUGUGGCUGGCACGCAAUCAAAGUGUUCCCGUUUGAAUGUUGGGACAAAAAGUGUGAAGCAAAUCUUUGUCAAGCCUUGUGAUAAGGAACAUUGGCUGUUAGAUUUGAAUCAAAAUGUCUUUUGCAUGGAAGUCGAUUGGGCCAGUGGCGUUGCCCCAAAGUGUUCACCUCCAGAACAUGCCAAAAAUAUUAAGAUUGCUUUUGGGAAAGCAAAAGGAAGCCUUAAAGUAUUGGAUCCUGACCAUGAAACUAAUUCCAUUGCCGUGUUUGGAAAACCCAAUGGCAAUCAAGGGCUCACGGACUUUCUGUUUUACAAGGCUUCUGACCGACAGAGAGGCGAACUAAAGGAGCAAUGGAAGGAUGUUCGAAAUCUGAUGCCCGAAGCUAUGAAACAGAAGCCUGAUGUUGCACGGGGCAAACAAUCAGCUGCUUCGUACCAGCGGUACAUCUGUUUUGGUUAUCGUAAGGAUCCAAAAGGAUCAGACAUUGGAGAAUAUGCAUACCAAAAGCAUGGAAAAAAAGACAAUCAGUCUGGUUACAGGGGGAUUUCUGAUAAGUUUCGGCAAUUGAGUGAAAGCCUAGAGGGAAUAUCUAAUCGAUUUGGGAAGCAUUUGUUUGAAGCUAAGUGGAUGGAUGAUCUGCGACAGAGAGUGUUGUUGCCAUCGUUUGCUGGCGGUAAAGCCAAAGCAACACAGUUUUCUGUUGGCAUUGGAUAUUGGUCAGUCGCACACACUGAUGAUGAUUAUUACUUUACAACCUUGUCAUGUCUAUCCAAGAAUGAAGCUGAUCAUGAUAAAGUGUUGUACUAUUUUAUUUUUCCCUUUUACAAGGUGGCAGUGCCAAUGAAAUCGGGAGACAUUAUAUUCUUCAACCCAUUGGAGCUGCACUGUUGUUCUAAUCCAAGCUUACCAGAUGCUUCUGCCAAGACUUUCAAUGCUCGAUUUGCUUCAUAUGCAAAAAGUAGUUAA